AUGAACAUAAGAUACGCGACAAUUUUCCUAAAGUUAUUCACUCUGAUAUUCGUGAUGGUGGCCGCGGUAUUUUGGGCUGGGUCGGGCAUGAACUUCAAGCGCAAGUACAAAGAUGAAGAGACCCUGGUCGGUGGCGCUAUUUGGAGUCAGAUCAUCGUCCCUAUUGGCCUGAUGAUAUCUUUUAUCAUCAAAGAAAAAAUGGAUGUUAUCGUGCACGGAUAUUUCCUACUCACUGGUGUCAGUCUCUUAUUCUCAGCAGGUGUGGUUUUGUUAUUAGGAGAAUUCAAAACACUCAGGAAGCAAAGGAUACCUCCUCCACCCAGUACAGAUGAUGAAGGUGAAUCCAGACGAUCGCGUUCCCGCAGAAGACGCCAGCACGACCGAGUGUACUUGGUGAUAGCCGUACUGUGCUUACUAGCUGGGUGCUGCAUGCUAACAGAGUUUUUGAUGCUCAUUUUGUUAUAG